UGAUGGCAUUAUCACUAGUGCUCUCACAAUCCUACCAGAACUUCCUCUCUACAAACUCAACUCGCUGCCCAAAAUCAUCCUCUAAAUUUAGCAGCAUUCCUCAAAACCUCCUCCAAACCCAGAACAUUCGUAGGAGAAAAGCAACAGCGGCAGGUCUGGCCACAGUAGUUCUGUUAGCAAGAGAGGCAAUUUUCUGUCCAAAUGUUGCAUACAGUUUUGAUUUUAGAAUCACGGCUCCUGAUCAAACUCUUGAGGAAGCAGAGAGUACGAUCAGAGCUCACGCCCAAGACCUAUUAGAUGUGAAAGAUCUGAUAGCUAUCGAGUCAUGGGGAGAAGCACAGAAAGCACUCCGGAAGAGUUCGUCAUACUUGAAACAAGAUAUCUACACGAUAAUCCAAGCAAAACCAGGGAUCGAGAGGCCCCAGCUCAGGAAGCUCUAUUCUCUUCUCUUCAAUAAUGUUACAAGAGUAAGUCUUAUGGAUUCAUUAACGCAAUGUUUGUCUCUUCACCAACAAAAAACCAAUCUAGAUUAUGCGGCAAGGAGUAAGGACAUAGCACAAGCACAGGAGUGUUAUGAAAACAUCGUUGCUGCCCUCGGCGAUAUUCUAUCCAGAAUAUGA